AUGUAUGUGGCAACUACCGAAGAGGACAUUCCAGACGAUCAUUCUUGGAAACUGAAUUUUGACGAGGCGUCAAACACUGUUGGUAAUGGAAUUGGGGCAGUCUUGAUAUCCCCAAAUAGAGAUCAUUAUCCAUUCACUUGCAAAUUGGAUUUUGAUUGCACGAACAGUAUGGCAGGGUACGAAGCAUGUAUCGUGGGAAUUCGUGUAACCAUUGAGACUAAAAUCAAAGUAUUGGAGGUGUAUGAGGAUUCUGCACUGGUGAUCUAUCAGCUCAAAGGUGAAUGGGAAACAAUAAACUCAAAGUUGAUCAACUAUCGAGAGCUAGUUCUGGAUUUAGUUAAGGUGUUUGAUGAUAUCACUUUCCAUUAUCUCCCGCGGGACGAAAAUCAGAUGGCAGACGCCUUGGUUACAUUAGCUUCUUUGAUCAGAGUAAAUAAACAAGACGAUAUGAAGCCGAUCCAGAUGAGUAUUUGUGAGGCUCCAGCUCAUUGUUGUAAUAUCGAUGAAGAAGAGAAGAGAGAUGAUUGUCCUUGGUAUCAUGAUAUUCUACGAUAUGUGAAGAAUCGUGAAUACCCUGAUCAAGCUACGGAAAAUAAUAAGAGAACAUUAAGGAGGCUGGCCAGUGGCUAUGUUCUAGACCGGGAGAUUCUUUAUAAAAGGAGGAAAGAUCAGGUGCUGUUAAGAUGUGUUGACGCUGUUGAAGUUAAGAAAAUUCUAGAAGAAGUCCAUGAAGGUGUUUGUGAGACGCAUGCCAAUGGGUUCACAAUGGCCAGGAAAAUCAUGAAUUCGGGUAUUACUGGUCCACGAUAG